AUGGUUUUGAACAGUUUUGGAAGGUUAAUGGCUGGACAAAAGUACUUGGAAUGGGAGAAGUCCUUGGAAAGGUACUUUGAAUACAAAGACAUUCAAGAGGAAGUACAAAGAUACAAGAUAGCCAAAGUCAAGCUGAAAGGCUAUGGUGAUAGUUGGUUGCAAGGAGAACAAAGGGGGCAUACCCUUAGGGGGAAAGCUUCCAUCUCUACUUGGAGGAAAUUGAAGAAAAGGAUGAGGGAUCGCUUUAUUCCUCACAAUUACAAACAAAGUCAAUAUGUAAAGUGGAGUACUUUACAACAAAGAGGCGACCCAGUUGAAGAUUACAUAAAGGAGUUUGAUAGACUCGCCAUUGUGUGUGAAGUCACAGAAAAUGAAGAGCUCAAGUUGGGGCGUUUUAUUGCUGGUUUGGAUCAAGAAUUGCAAGAGAAGCUUGAAGGUUACACCAACUUAACCUUUGUGGAAGCUUGUAAACUUGUGGUGAAAUUCGAUGCUAAGAGGAAGAAGAAGAAGUCUACUUUCAUUCCUCAAGUGGCUCGAAAACCUACCUUUCCUACCAAGGAGGGGUCUAGUCUUGUCAAACCUAAUGAUCCACCUAGGAAGGACAAGAAGGACUUCAAACUUAGUGACAUUGUAUGUUACAAGUGUGGAGGAAGAGGGCAUUUCAAGAAAGAUUGCCCAAAUUCAAGGGCCUUAACUAUGCAAGAGGUGAAGCUCAUUGCCAACCAAACUAUAGAUUGGGAAGAGUUUGAAGAUGAAGAAGGGGAGGCCGUGGGUGAAGAUGAAGAGGAGGACCAAUGCUUUCCAGAAGAGGAGGCCAAGCAAAGCCUAGUGGUGAGGAGGGCGUUGCAAGCCCAAGUUGAGGAGCCCAUAGCACCUCAAAGACAACACAUUUUCAUCACCAAGUGCAAGGUUGAAGGCGAGGUAUGUGAUUUGAUUAUUGAUAGUGGGAGUGAGGCAAAUACGGUUUCUAAAACUCUAGUAACCAAACUUGGUCUUACAACUACAAAUCAUCCAAAUCCUUAUAAGUUGAGUUGGUUAGAUUCGAAUUCCAGCACGGGGGUUAGAAAACAAAGCAUGGUUAGUUUUUCCAUUGGUUCUUAUCAUGAUUCUCAAUUAUGUGAUGUUGUGUCUAUGGAUGCUUGUCAUAUUUUACUUGGUAGACCAUGGCAAACUGAUCGAAAAUCUGUCCAUGAUGGUUAUCAUAAUACUUACACUAUAACUCACCAAGGAAAACAAAAAAAAUUACAUCCCUUACCACCCCCACGUUUUUCACAAAAAGUUAAACAAUCUAAGGAGGUGUCAUUGCUCACUCUUAAAGAAUUUGAGAGGGAGAUUGAUGGUGAGAAUGAGGUGUAUCUGUUGUAUUCUAAAGAAAUCCAUGAAAAAUUUGUGAGUCAAAACCCUAAAUUGGCUCAAUUGAUUAAAGACUUUAAAGAUGUAUUUCCUGAUGAGUUACCUAAUGGGUUACCACCUUUAAGAGGUAUUGAACAUCAAAUUGAUCUUAUUCCUGGUGCUCCUUUGCCUAACAAACCCGCCUAUAGAUGUAAUCCUUUGGAGACUAAGGAGUUGCAAAGACAAAUAGAGGAGUUGAUGAGUAUGGGGUAUGUGCGUGAGUCUAUGAGUCCUUGUGCUGUUCCUGCUCUUUUGGUUCCUAAAAAGGAGGGUACAUGGCGUAUGUGUAUUGAUAGUAGGGCUGUUAAUAACAUUACUAUCAAGUACAGGUUUCCUAUCCCAAGGCUUGAUGACAUGCUUGAUGAGUUGAGUGGCUCUAAUAUCUUUUCUAAAGUUGAUUUGAGGAGUGGCUAUCAUCAAAUUCGAAUGAGGGAAGGAGAUGAAUGGAAGACUGCUUUCAAGACCAAGCAUGGGUUGUACGAGUGGCUUGUUAUGCCAUUUGGGCUCACCAAUGCUCCUAGCACUUUCAUGAGAUUGAUGAAUGAAGUGUUGAGGCCUUUUCUAGGCAAGUUCGUGGUGGUGUAUCUUGAUGACAUCCUCAUCUAUAGCAAGCGUGAAGAUGAACAUUUGUUACAUUUAUUGGAAGUUUUCACUGUUUUAAGAAAGCAAAAAUUGUAUGGAAAACUUGAGAAAUGUAAUUUUAUGCUAUAUGAGGUCACUUUUCUUGGUUACAUUAUUUCAGGUGAAGGUGUGAAAGUUGAUCCAAGCAAGAUUGAGGCUAUUCAAUCAUGGCCUAGUCCCAAGACACUCACGGAGGUGCGCUCAUUCCAUGGGUUAGCUUCCUUUUAUAGGAGGUUCAUUCGCAAUUUCAGCACUCUCAUGGCUCCUAUAACUGAGUGCACAAAGAAGGGCUCGUUUGAGUGGACUCCCCAAGCUCAAAAGGCCUUUGAGGAGGUCAAAGAGAAGAUGUGCAACACUCCAAUCCUAGCACUUCCAGAUUUCUCAAAGCCAUUUGAAGUUGAGUGUGAUGCAAGUGGGAGGGGAAUUGGUGCCGUUUUGAUUCAAGAAGGGCGUCCAAUCGCUUAUUUUAGCGAGAAGUUGAGCCAAGAUCUUACGCCUUUUCCUACACCUUUGAAGUUUAGUCAUGAUGCCGAGUCUAGAGCUAAUGAGAUCCAAAAGUUGCAUAAACAAGUUGUGGAAAAGAUUGAGAAAAUGAAUGAGAGGGUUAAGGAAAGAGUGGAUCAAAAGAGAAAAGAAGUUUCCCUCACCCUUGGGCUGAAUCCACGACCUUCCUCAAGGCUUCACUCGCUCUUGUAG